CAUAUCUCUACUUUGAGACUUUGACUGAUCUGUACACAUUUCAGCACCAACCAAACAGGAUGCAUAUGAAGUUACUUGUGUUCUUUCUCAUCUUUCUAAUGCAAGCUUUGGCACAGACACCGAGCCCAGAAGAAUCUGACUCACCAGGAAUUUUGCAGAGAAUACAAGAGAGGGCCAGGAAAGCCAGAACUAAAAUCCAGGAUAUCGUGUCGUUGGCAGUCGGCUUUGGUGGUGCUUACUACGAAGACCACAUCCAACCAGUGACUGACAGCUAUGUUGAGUGGGCCACGAAUCUUGGAAGCUCACUGUGGGAGAAGGUCCAGGCAACCGUUGGGAACUAAAGGCCAUUAAGCAAAUAGCCCAGCAUACUGAGUCUCAUGCUUUAGCUUCAGUUCUUACCCCUCAAUGUUUGUCAGUGGGUUUUGCUAAUUGUGAAAAAUAAAAACAGAAUCACAC